AUGAGGAUUGGCUUUAGCGAUUUUGAUGCCGGCCACCGCGACUUGGUCACGGUCACCAAGUUUAAUUUCUACGGAAAUCGCAUUGUCACAGCGUCGUCCGACCACCGUCUAAAGGUUUGGGACCAGAAAGAUGGCGAAUGGCAGUUAACCGACACCUGGCGCGCGCAUGACGCCGAGAUUCGGGAUGCCUCUUGGAACGGCCCUUUUGCUGGGCAGCACAUUGGCAGCGUCGGAGAAGAUAUGCGACUCAAGAUUUGGCAAGAAGACGUGACGCAGCCUCCUAACUCCGGGCGGCGAUUCAAGUCAAUCUACCGACUGACAGCGCCUCAUCGGGUCCCCUUUGUGUCGUUGGAUUUCCGCAACGUCGACUUGGAAACAUGGCUCGCGCUCAUUACGAGAGAUGGCUACCUGAUGGUGAUGGAGCCGGUCAUGCCAGAUGGUCUGGGGGAGUGGCAAGCGCUGGACCAGUUUCGGGUCUGCCCGGCACCGCAGCGCGGCGAAGAAAGCAGCUUCCGAGUUCAGUUCUACCACGAUACAUUUGACGUGACGCACCCGUUGAUGCCAGAGGGUGAUCGCAAGGAUCUGUCCCUUGUGGUGGCAGCGAUGAACUCGGUGAAAGUCUAUCGCACCGACGCGAGCCGUCGGUUCUACCACGCAAUUGAGUUGACUGGGCACGGUGGCCUGGUGCGCGAUAUCUCAUGGGCCAAUGGGUCUAUCCGAGGCUGCGAUCUGAUUGCGACCGGCUGCAAAGACGGAUUCGUCCGCAUUUUUGAAAUCUACACAUCGCUGUCCAACUCGGGCUCGCAUGCGAACUAUCAUCGGCCAUCGCAGGUAGCGGUCUCGUCCCCUUCGCAGCGAGCAACGGUGCAGUCGGGCAUUGGCACGGCUCUGGCGAACCGGGCUCCCACGCCCUCGUCACAUCGGCCGGCUAACGGAGAUAGCCCGUUUAAGCACGAGUAUAAGGAGGUAGCUUGCAUCGACAGCCGGCACCUGGAUGUUUGGCAGGUGCAGUUUUCGUUUGCCGGGGACUGCUUGAUCUCGUCCGGGGACGAUGGAGCGGUGCGGUUCUGGAAGAAGGCGAUUUCGGGCGAGUGGUUGGAAUUUGCCGAGACGGACAUGACGGACGAGAUUGUAGGCUGA